AUGGAGAGCAAGAACUACCAAGCAAGCCACUAUGCCACUCAGGGCGAUGAGCAGACGUUGCUCCAGCGUCUGCAUCAAGAGCUUUACAAUCUCAAGUUUCUAAUCGUCGUGGAUGAUAAUGCUUGGGAUCGGAUCGCGCACGCCUUGCCAGAUAAGGAGAACGACAGCUGGAUUCUUCUCAUCACUAGGCUUCGGGAGGUCACUAAUAAAAAUUCUGAAAAAUCUAGUUUACUUCAUGAGAUGCAGCCGCUCGGGCUGGAGCACAGCUGGCAGUUCCUCUGUUAUCUUACCUUCGGUGAUAAGCUGAAAAAUGAUAAUGAUGAUGUUACAUUGCUCUGCCCUCCCCACUUGAAGGAAAUUGGAAGAUCAAUCGCCGAGAAAUGUAAAGGUCUUCCUCUGUCACUGGUUGUGGUUGGUGGUCUUCUCAUUCAAGAGACAGAAAAGAUUGAUUUCUGGAAAAGGAUAGAAGAAGAUACUGCUGAUGCUGCUGCAAAAUCCCAGAAGAUUGUGAGAUACGUGCCUCUAAACUCGUCAAACUUUGGGUUGGUGAAGGCUUCUUCCUAA